CAGAGGGAAUGGGGAUGUGACAACUUGCUUUCUAACAGGUUACAAUUUCAGCUGCAUACUUUAAUAGACAAACAUAAACGGGGAAAGGCGAUAACGCACGAUGAGAGAUGAUUAUGAAGACUCUGUGAGAAGAGAGAUGUCGGAACAGAAGAAGGGAUUAUAUGAGCGCAUCCCAUAUGUCCAACCCAUAGCGCUCGGCCUCUCCAUGAAUCACCAAAUAGCGCAUUACAAGGACACGCUUGGACUUCCCUUUCCCCUAAACACAACAACCUACCUGGAUCCUGUGUACGGUCAGAGAUUCGCAGGGAGUCUCUCAUAUUUCCCAUUCCACAGGCACAUCGGUGUAUAUGACUAUUCAUUCGAACCAGCGUUCAUUCGGAAAAGGAACGAAAGGGAACGGCAGCGGGUGCGCUGUGUAAACGAGGGUUACGCACGGCUCCGGGAGCAACUUCCCCAAGAGUUCGAGGACAAAAGACUCAGCAAAGUGGAGACACUGCGUGCUGCAAUAUACUACAUAAAACACUUGCAGAGUCUGUUAGAUGUCAACGUGUCCAGUGGUGGUGGGACAGUUGAAAUGUCAGCUGGAGAGAUGCGCAGCCGUGCGCCCGUGCCAAAGAUGACAGAAUGCUACAGCGACGGCGAGUCAAAGAACAGCGACAGUGGAGAGUUGAGUUUCUAGAACUCUGUAAAACGAAUAAACUUUAUUUCCUAUCACUUUAUGCUACCCUUGUUGAAGUUUGGUAACAAAAAAAAUGACAUGAAAGUUAUAUAUGAAUGAACUGUGUACUCUUAUCAUUAAUUUCAAUGAACAUUUUGAUUACUUGAUUUUGACAAAAAGCAACAAGACAGUGCAUCUGUAAACGCCUGCUAUCAGAUGCUAAAUCAGGUUAAAAGU